AACGACAUCGUCCUUAGUCCUUUUAUUCUGGUCUGGUUCAACAAGAAGUGCCUGGUCCGACAGCUGAGUUCGAGUUCGGCACUUCCCAAAUCCCAGUUCAUCCUAAAAUCCCAAAAACUUCAAGCCUCCGCCAAAUACAAAACCAGAACCUAUUUCCGAGGGAAGAAGAUGGAGUUCUGGGGCGGAGGACACGUGUCCCUGAGUUUGGUGCUGGUGGGUUUUCUGGUUCUGUGCCAGUUAGAAGGGUCGUUAGGGUUAAGGUUCGUGAUAGACAGGGAAGAGUGCUUUUCUCAUGAUGCAAAGUACAUGGGAGACACGAUUCACGUCUCUUUCGUGGUAAUCAAAGUCGAUUCGACCUGGCAUUACACCGACGACGGCGUUGAUCUCGUGAUAAAGGGACCUGGUGGCGAACAAAUUCAUGACAUACGCGACAAGACAAGCGAGAAGUAUGACCUUGUGGUUCAGAAGCAAGGUGUUCACCAGUUCUGCUUCACUAACAAGUCUCCUUACCACGAAACCAUUGACUUUGAUGUACAUGCUGCUCACUUUACAUACUAUGACCAGCAUGCUAAAGACGAGCAUUUCACACCCUUGCUGGAGCAGAUACAAAAGUUGGAGGAAGCCCUCUACAACAUCCAAUUCGAACAACAUUGGUUAGAAGCUGAGACUGACCGCCAGGCAAUAGUGAAUGAAGGAAUGAGCCGCAGAGCAACACACAAGGCAUUGAUAGAAUCAGCAGCGCUUAUUGGAGCUAGCUGCCUGCAAGUUUUUCUUUUGAAACGUUUGUUUGAACGCAAGCUUGGAUCCUCUAGAGUUUAGAUUAGUCGGUUGUCUACGUGCCUUGGGGUAUUUACUGGUUGUGCUAUUUAGAAAAUGGAAAGAAUGUUUAUAUACUGAAACCAUUGGCUCGAGUUUUAAUAUUUUGAAGAUGGUAUUUUUGCUUA